CUUUUCUACAUUCAGGCGUGACUGAGGACAGCCUGUCUAAUUGGGAGAAGCGCCGGAGGAGGGUCCGCUCCCUGACAACGUGGACACAGUUAAUCUGGAGAGCGGCACCGGCCCAUGCCCGCGACUGUGCGUUUGUGACAGACAGAGAGAGAUAGAGACGAUGGUGGAAGUGGUGUUUCUCCACCCGGAUUUGGGAAUCGGCGGUGCCGAGCGGCUGGUGGUGGACGCGGCGUUGGCCCUGCGCAGGCGCGGUUGCGGAGUACAAAUCUGGACGGCUCACUUUGACCAUGCGCACUGUUUCUCGGAGUGCCGGCGGUCGGCCCUGCCCGUGCACUGUGUGGGAGACUGGUUGCCCCGGACACUGCUAGGCCGCUGCUCGGCCCUGUGUGCCUACCUGCGGAUGCUAUACGUGGCCUGGUACCUGGUCUUCCUCAGCGGCGUUGAGUUUGACGUGGUUUUUUGCGACCAGGUGUCGGCCUGUAUCCCCGUGCUCAAGUUGUGCCGGCGAACCAAGCGGGUCCUCUUCUACUGCCACUUCCCGGACCGGCUGCUGCAGAGCGGCAGGCCCGGCCUGUGCCAGCGGCUCUACCGCCUUCCCAUUGACUGGCUGGAGGAGUACACGACGGGCCUGGCCGACCUGAUACUGGUCAACAGCAAGUUCACGGCCGGAGUCUUCAGGCGCACCUUCCGCACCCUGUCCCACCUGGAGCCUGAUGUCCUCUACCCGUCGCUCAGCUUCGCCGAGCCUGCGGGCGGCCAGGACCUGGAAGAGGACGAGCUACUUGGGCCUGGCGGGGACUUCGUCUUCCUCUCCAUCAACCGCUUCGAGAGGAAGAAGAACCUGGGCCUGGCUCUGCAGGCCCUGCACUGCCUCCGAGAGAGGUUAGGCCAAGUGGACUGGCAGCAGGUUCACCUGGUGCUGGCAGGGGGCUACGACCCGCGGGUACCGGAGAACGUCGAGCAUUAUCGGGAGUUGCAGGAGAUGGCGGACCAGCUGCAGCUGGCCGACAGGGUGACCUUCCUCCGCUCGUUCUCCGACCAGCAGAAGGUUUCCCUACUCCGCCGUUGUCGUUGCGUCUUGUACACGCCGAGCAACGAGCAUUUCGGCAUCGUGCCGUUGGAGGCCAUGUACAGUCGGCGGCCGGUCAUCGCCGUGAACUCGGGCGGACCGCUGGAGUCGGUGGUGGACCAAGUCACCGGCUUUCUUCGGCAGCCGUCGCCAAGCAGUUUCGCUGAAGCCAUGGAAAAGCUAGUUAGGAAUCCCGAUUUAGGGGCAAAAAUGGGGGAGGCUGGAAGAAGUCGAGUCCUGCAAACAUUUUCUGUGGAUGCCUUUACAGAGCAAUUGUAUCAGUAUAUCUGCAAGUUAACACAAUGAAAGUCGCUCGUGUAGAAUAACAGCGGCAAAGUUAAAAAUGAAGAUUCAUUUUGUAUAAUGCAAAAUCAAACCUGAUACAAUGACUACGCAAGGAAAUGCAUAGUUAUUUUCUGUUUUGCGAUUAUGGAUUGUGCACCAAUUACUGUGUUGAAUGGAGAGAAGUUUGGGGCCUUGAACUGCGGUGUGCGAUGAAGUGUGUGAAUCAGUUGCUUAGGAAGACGCUGGAAAAAGGGCAAUUCAACUUGCUACUGGGAGGAAUGAAUCUGGCUGUCACACAGGGGACUGGUCGUUUGCUGGUUAGAUUGUGUUGUAGUGAAACAAAUGGAAAAAUAUCCGGCAGCAAUUCUUGAUGCAAAUAUCUUAUUGUCAAUACAAAUUGCAAACAAAUUUUGUCCUGAAAAAUCCAGUUUGAAAAACUAAUAAGAUUUCAGAGAGAUGCCAGUUUGGCUGAUAUUAAAAGCACACUUGUUUUCAAAAAAACUCUAAUGGUUUUUAUAAGAAUUUUUAGAGAGGAAGCCAAAAAAGAUUGAUUCCAAGGGUGAGGGUUAAAUAAACUGGGAUUAGAAAAGUUAGAUGUUAUGAGGUGGAAAGAUGAUCAUUUGAUAUGCAAACAGUGUCUGGCCAGUCAGCCAAAUAGCUUGUUUCUAGUGUUUUUAAACAUUGACCAGGAAAGACAGCCCCUGGUGGAGUGCUGGACCUAAAGCAAAAGGCAAAUAGUUAUCGGAAACAUCAAAAUUAAAUUAAAAUCUGAUUCCUGGGGGUAAUGAUGCAGUCCAGCCCUUGCAAAGGUUGCUGGAAAAUAGGUUGUUCCUAUGUUGUAUGACAUAGAAAGCUGACCAGCUACUGAAUAUUGUAUAAUAUUUACGUGAGGUUUCUGUGAUUACUAAUCCAUUUGAAAAAUAGAUCCUCCAACCAAAGAAGUUUGAGGAUCACUGCUUUCUUUAUACAUAGGGCUACACUUUCUCUGAUACAAUAUUCUUUAAAUAUGUGACUAAUGUCAGAACAUAUUGUGAUCACUUGCAUUAAAUGGCACAGUGGUUAGUACUGUUGCCUCACAGCACCAGGGACCAGGGUUCAAUUUCAGCCUUGGGUGACUGUCUAUGUGGAGUUUGCACAUUCUCCCGCUAUCUAUGUGGGUUUCCGUUGGGUGCUCUGGUUUCCCCUCAAAAUCUAAAGAUGUGCAGGUUAUGUGAAUUGGCCAUGCUAAAUUGCCCCAUGGCAUCCAAGGAUGUGCAGGCUAAGUGGAUUAGAGAUGAUAAAUGCAGGGCUACAGGUAGCAGCUAAGUUUGGAUGCGAUGUUCUUCAGAAGGUCAGUACAGACCUGAUGGGCCAAAUGCCCUCUUCCUGUACUGUAGGGAUUCUGUGUAUAAUGCUAACAGGUCACUUUUUUUUGUACUUGUAGAGCCAUUUCAACUUUGCAUUUUGGGUGUGAAAUCAUUUAAAGCAAUUAGACAAGAAAUGAGAAUCUUUCUGCUGGAGACGAUUUCUUACCACUUCAGUUGUAAUAUGGCCACAGUGCAAAUGCCACUGCCGUAAAUUAGAAUUUCACAAGGUCCAAGGUAGCAAUUUUUAAAACAUUUUGAAUCUGUUUUAUGUAAGCAGGGUCAAAUGCUUAAUUUCACUGCUAUAGUAAAGUUUAACAGACUCUCGGAACAGUUGAGGAAUAUGCAACUGAAAAUGUAACUGUUGAUCUGUUUACUCUGAAGAGGCACCAGUAUCUGAAAUGAUAUUGUUUAAACGGGACUACGUAAACAUCAGUGCAAGAAAUACUACUGAAUAUUUUUCUAUUGAUAUUUUAUUGAGAAUAAAUUGAUCUUGGAAGAUGUUGAGAAUUUUUGUACAAAUAAAGAAACAAUGAUAUAGAACAAAUCAACAUUUAUUUAACUUCCAUUUUCAUUUCUGAUGAAUUGUCUGUCCUGUAUCUCUAAAUGCUUCCGUGGCUCAAUAUGUAGUUGCAUGUUUGUAAGGACUAAAUUGAUACAACAUAAUCUGAAUCACAAAGUUCUAAGUCUAAGUUGCACAGUGGGGCUUGAGCAGAACAACCAAGGUUGACAGUCCAGUAUGGUACUGAGCAAGUUCUGUACCCUGUGGUACUGUCUUUCAGAUGAGACAUCAAGACACAGCCCAAUCUGCCUGCUCAGGUUGAUUUUAGAAGAUUCUGUGGUAUUAUUUAGGUAAAGCGAAGCUAAUUGAGUACUUUCUGAAGUGUAGUCACUGUUUAUGUCAAAAUCACAGCAGCUAAAUUGAGCUCAGGAAACUGUCAAACAGUAAUGUGAUAAUGACCAGAUAAUCUGUUUGUUCUGAUGUCCAUUAUGGAAUGGAUAUUGACCAGAAUGCUGGGAUUAACUACCUAGAUCAUCUUUGAAAUAGAGCCAUGAGAUCUUUUGCAUCAACAUAUGCAGGCAGAUGGGGCCUUGGGUUUAAUAUCUCAUUUGAAGAUGACAGCGCUUCUGACGGGGGUCGCGUUCCUUCAGUAUACUCCACAUUUUUAUGUUCAAGAGUGAAAUGGGACUUGAACCUGAACCCUUGGGCCUUGAAUAUCAGCUAGGGAACUGGUCUAGUUGAAUCGGUGUGCUGAGAUCAGGCAUAGAUUCCAUUCUUGCUUAAUGUGAAUAUCACGGUUCUGCAAUCAGUAGCCAAUUAAAAGACACAGACAGGUUUCAUUAAGUUUUAAAGAGUUGUAUGUAUUUAUAUUUGUCUAAAUAAGAUAAAAUUCUCCAACUCCUAUGGAUGUAUGCACGCAGUCUGGUUCACCUAUACAAAAUUUUAGGUUACAAGGUAGGAUAAAACAUUUUAAAAGUCCACUUAAGAUUAAAGUGGUAUGGGUUUUUCAAGGUGAUGUUUUGAGAGGGAUGUCAGUCUGGGAGUGGCAGAUCUUCUGCUUUUGCCUUUGAGGUAGCUUAGAGAUGCAAAUGGAUGGUUAAUCUGUUCUUCUGGACACAGCAGCUGUGUUAAAGUAAAAACAAAAAUACUGGGGAAUCUCUGGUCAGGCAACAUCUGUACAGAGGAAAAAUGAAUUGACAUACAGAGUCUGGUGUGAUUCUUCAGAGUCUUCUCCUUGGAUCUCCUUCUGUCUGCCCACCCCCCAAAAAAAAGUAUUUUUAGAAAGCAUAGCUUCAUAACAGUAGUCCCAAAACAAAUGCAAGUAUUUAAGGCCGUUACAAAAGGGAUUGGAUAUUGAAUAGAGUUCAAUGAAUCAAAUUAGCUCUAAUGCAUUUUCAUCAGAUCGAGUAGUGGCUGGCCACCCCUCCAAGUGGUGAGGUGCCAUUUUGAGACCACCUAGUCUAUAAUGCGACCAAAACUGUAUACUGUAUUGGAGGUGCGGUCUCAACAAUGCCCUGUACAAUUGGAGCAAGACACCCUUAUUUUUAUAUUAUUCUCUCUCUCCCAUCUCCAUUGAGCUUAUCUUGCCCACAAAACCUAUCUCUUUGUCUCUUGACCCUAUUCCUAUUAAACUAUUAACAAUCCAACUUCCCUUCCUGCCUCCUAUGUCAGUGGAUAGGGCUUUCUACUCCUGAUCCAACCCUCUUCAAAUCUGCCAUUAUUAACCUGUCCUUAAAGGGCCAACCCUUGAUCCCUCCAUCAUUGUAAACUGUGACCCCAUUUCCAACUUCCCCUUCUUAUCCAAGAACCUUAAGCACCUUAUUGGCCUUCACGUUGAUGUUCAUCUUCCAUGUUUGAAUCUUUGCAAUCACAUUUCCAGUUCUUGAUAAGCACUAAAACAAUUAUUUGAAAAUGUCACAAAUAACAUCCUGUGUCAUUGUGACAAAGGUGAACUAUUCCUCUUUGUAUUCUCAACCUGUUUGCAACCUUUGACACAGUGACUAUGACUGAAUAACUAUGGCCGUCCUUCUCCAAUACCAAUCCACUGUCAUUUGGCUGAGUGGGACUGUACUUAACUAUUUCCCGUCUUACCCAUUUACUACUUGCCAGACACACUCAAUCAAUGUCUUCUCUUGCAGCAUUACUUGUGGGUUCCUCCUAGAAUCAAUCUGUGGUCCCCAUCUAUUUCUCAAUUCUUGUUCUCAGUGACAUCAUUUGAAAACACAUUGCAUUCCAAUCCCCUCUCUUGAUUUGACCUGUUUCUGCUGUCUGGUAUGCAUGUUUAUCUGUCUUGCCCCAUCCAUGUAGUGCAUCCGAAACCACACUGAUAUUUACAUCCAACCAUGUCAGGGUCAACUUUUCUUUUCAGUGCCCUCCACUUUGCUGCCCAGAACGAAUCUCUAGUUUUUUCAGCUCCAAUCAAGUGGCUGAGGUAUUUUCCAGAUGUAUUUCUUUUUAGUUCUUUUUUUCUCUUCUGACCUGCACAUAGAACUGUUAGCAAGUCUUAGCAUCAUAUUUCAAAGGCCUAUACUUUCUUCAAAAUUGUUUUACUAAUUAUCCAGGUUUUUGAUUCAUCAGGGAGGUGGAUAGAAUGUGGCAUUGUAUGAAUUGUUUUCUUUGUCAUACACUUGAGAUUGCUUGCUCUUAACAUAUCCUUCAUCUUCACAAAAUGACUCAGGCUAUGAUGGUGGAGAUAGCCAAUACCAAAUGGCAAAUAUCAGGCUAGAAAAGGGAUAACCAGACAUCUUUCAAGAAAAAGGAGGAGUAUGUCAACUACUGUCACCAAAAUAAUUUAAUUUAUACACUGAAAAAAAUUCAGAAUUAAAUGAGCUUCUCAGGGUAAAAUUGAAGGCAAAAACGUAACAAAAUUGCUUCCUCCCCUGUUUCUAAAUUAAUAGAGAUGCUCAUCUGAGGUCUAGUGCUGGAUGAGCAGAAAUUUCCCCAAAUUUAUAUUGGGAAGAUUGAAGUCAUGUCUUUGUUUCACACUACAGACACUACUAGCUCCAUUCGUCUCUCUUGUAUUUGUCCAAGGCUGGGCCAGAAUGUUCACAGCUUCUGUGUCAUGUUUGACCCCAAUACAAGUUUUCAAACAGUUAUCCAAGUGAUCACUAAGCCUGCCUAUUUCCAUUGCAUAACAAUACCCACAUAUCAGCCCCUGCAUUUCAUCUGCUGCCGAAAUCCUCACUCGUGCUUUUGUUACCUCCAGACUUGACAACUCCUAUAUGCUCCUUGCUGAUAACCCUCAUUCAUUCCACCUCAAACUUCCAACGUUGCUGCCCAUGUCCUAACCUGCACUAGAUCCUAUGUACCCAUCAUCACUAACUAACUUGUGUUUGCUCCCAGUUAGUAGUGCACUGGUCUUUGUAUUCCCUUCUAUUCUAAUCUCCCAUGAUAUUCAUCUCUACCUCUCUGUAAUCCCCAGUCUCACGAUCCUCGCAUUCCUUCAAUCUUAUAAUACUGGCAUUUUGAAUAUCCCCAAUUUUAACACUUUUAUUAUUGAUGGUUAUGCUUUUAGCUGCCUGCAGCCCCAAGUUCUGGGAUUCAUCUUCUAAACCUCUCAAUCUCGCUUUCCUCCUUUUAAUACACUCCAUAAUACCUAAGCUUUUGUCUUACUAUCAUCUUUCUUUUACUUAGUAUCAUUUUGUUUUAUAAUGCAUCUGAGAAGAACUUUAGGUCAGUUUAUGAUGUUACAUUUGCUGUAUAAAUGCAAGUCUUUGUGGAAUUGAUUUUGAAAUAACUUGUGUUUCCACUAAAAUGUUAAACUUAUCAUGUUGCAAACAGUAUAAAUCAGUAUAAAAAUCAGUAUACAUAAUGUAAUUCACUACAUGAAAUGCACUAGGAUUAGAAAUUGUAUGACAAAGACCAGGACAAGAAUUAUUUUUGCUUUGUUUAAUUCAUGCAAAUGAGCCUUGUCUUAUUCCACGGGUGACAUGCUUUCUGAAUACAACUGGGUGCCUUUGUUUCUAAUUCAUGUAGAUAAGUCAGAAUGUAUUCAGCAGGCAGUGUGUGUGAUUUUAUUUUCUUGGCAAAUGAAAUGUGAGAUGAGAUUCUUCAUUCAUUUACAGCUGUCUGCUGACUGGAAAAGUUGUGUUCCACCGCCUCUGGAGAUGACUUUCAUUUAGUGUUCUAAUAAAAAUAUUUAUAGAAAAAGUA